UUGUCUUUUCCGGGUGUUUUGAGAAAACCAGGCGAGCUCCAACAGAAGAAGUUUGCUACUAUGGCGAGAAGAGCGUUUACUUUUUUAAUUUUAAUAUGUUGUGCCACAAUUUGUCCCGUCUUUUUGCUUGAGAAUGGGAUGGCACUCACUCCAAUCAUGGGCUGGCUCCACUGGGAAAGGUUUACCUGCAAUACCGAUUGCUACAACGACCCGGAUAAUUGUGUGAGUGAAAAACUUUUUAUGCAGAUAGCAGACAUUAUGGUAACUGAUGGAUGGAAGGAUGCUGGCUAUGAAUAUGUGUGCAUCGAUGACUGCUGGCUUGCUUUAACCCGCGAUAAAGAAGGUAGACUACAGGCUGAUCCUGAUCGCUUUCCAGGUGGAAUCAAAAAGCUUGCUGAUUAUGUUCACGCCAAAGGGCUUAAAUUGGGGAUAUACCAAGACGUAGGUAAUCGUACAUGUGCCGGAUACCCUGGUAGCUAUGGCCACUAUGACAUAGAUGCCCAGACCUUUGCGGAGUGGGAGGUGGAUCUUCUGAAAUUUGAUGGAUGCAACUUUAUUAAUUUAGACAUUUUGGUUGAGGGAUACAAAAAUAUGUCAAGGGCUUUAAUUAAUACCGGAAGAAACAUUACGUUCUCCUGCGAAUGGCCUCUGUACCUGUGGCCAUUUCAAACGCCAAACUACACUGACAUACGUGAGCACUGCAACCAGUGGCGAAAUUCUGGAGAUGUUUUUGACUCCUGGAAAAGUGUAACUGGCAUUAUUGAUUGGACUGCUAACCAUCAGCAACUGCUUGUGCCUUUUGCAGGACCUGGAGCUUGGAAUGAUCCCGACAUGCUGGUGAUUGGAAACUUUGGUUUAAGUCCUGACCAGCAGGUAUCACAGAUGAUAAUUUGGGCAAUGAUGGCAGCUCCAUUAUUAAUGUCCAAUGACUUGCGUUAUAUUGACCCAAAAGCGAAGGCACUUCUACAGAACAAGAACAUCAUUGCCAUCAGUCAAGACCCUCUGGGAAAGCAAGGCUACAAAAUUGCCUCGGUGAACAAUUUUGACGUGUGGGAGCGCCCCCUGUCUGGAGACCGCUAUGCCUUCGCAGUGACAAACAGAUACGAGUUGGGAGGUCCACGCCAUUUCCCCAUUUUCAUGGCCACUGUUCCAGGCUGGAGACGCUGUUUUCCAACAUGUUUAAUUGCUACAGUUUUCCCUAACUAUGUAGAGCUUGGAGAACAUAGUUUUCUUUCACAGUAUAAAUUUACUAUUAAUCCAACAGGAACUGUUCUGUUUAUAGUCUCAAUACCCCCAAAAACCAAACUCUUAAACAAUCUCAAUAAACGCGCAGGCUUGAAGCUAAAUAGAACAUGGAAAAACCUAAACACUAUCCAGAGAAAAGAUGAUUAUUUUUGAUCACUGAAUGAAUAAAAUCUUCCUCUAGUACAUUUAAAAGAUUACAACUAUUUUUUUCCAUGAUAUUUUUCUUCCUAAUCUGACAGCCAUCUGCACUAAAGAGAAUAUAAAUAUUAAAUGUGAUGUGUCCUGAUUUUUGAUUCCCCCCACCAAUCACUACUUUUCACCCUCCAUUAUAAACUUAAAUCAGAUGGUAAUUGCCUUUCACCUUAAUGGACCAUGCACAACUUUUUUUCACAUUUUCUAGUGUUUGAGAUACACUGUUUAGCCACCUCAGCAAAGAAAUCAUAAUUAGAAAAA